AUGGUAGCUGGGAUUGCUGCAGGCAUCGCACUGUUCUUUCUGAUUAUCGGCGUUGUAGCAUGUGUUUGCUGCAGGAAAAAAAAGGAAAAGGUGGCGAAGAAGAAGAAGACUCCUAAUUCUAUAAACUAUUAUCCUGAUCCGGGGGUCAAAGGCAAUAAUUACUACAACAUUGGGGCCAAGCUCCCACCACCUCCAGGCAAGGCUUGGAAUCCACCUCAUAGUCCCGCAGCCAUCAACAACGAAAACAGCGUUGGUUACUCAGAACCAAAUGGUCCUCCAAUUGGUUUCGUUAAGAGCUCAUUCAGCUAUGAAGAGUUGGCAGCAGCUACAAAUGGGUUCUCUGAGGAAAACAUAUUAGGACAGGGUGGUUUUGGCUAUGUGCACAAAGGAAUAUUACCAAAUGGACAAGAGGUUGCAGUGAAACAGCUUAAGGCAGGAAGUGGGCAAGGUGAGAGAGAGUUCCAGGCAGAGGUUGAGAUCAUUAGCAGAGUUCAUCAUCGCCACUUGGUCUCCCUCGUUGGUUACUGCAUUGUUGGGUCUCAACGGUUGCUUGUAUAUGAGUUUGUUCCUAACAAGACUCUUGAGUUCCACCUUCAUGGAAAGGACCAACCAACAAUGGAUUGGCCUACCAGAAUGAGAAUUGCUUUAGGAUCAGCUAAAGGCCUUGCCUACUUGCAUGAAGAUUGUCAUCCUCGCAUCAUCCAUCGAGACAUCAAAGCUUCAAAUAUUUUACUGGAUUAUAGAUUUGAGGCGAAGGUUGCGGACUUCGGACUGGCUAAGCUAUCUUCAGACAACUACACCCACAUCUCCACUCGUGUCAUGGGAACGUUUGGGUAUCUAGCUCCUGAAUAUGCAUCAAGUGGCAAGCUUUCUGAGAAGUCUGAUGUCUUCUCAUUCGGUGUGAUGCUUCUGGAGCUUAUAACAGGAAAGAGGCCAGUUCACAGCAAUCCUAUGGAGGAUAGCUUGGUUGAUUGGGCAAGGCCUCUAUUGACACAGGCAUUAACUGAUGAAAACUAUGAGGAGCUGGAGGUGCUGGUUGAUCCAAGACUGGAGGGAAAUUACAGCAAAAUGGAGAUGGCGCGGAUGGUAACAUGCGCUGCUACUAGUGUUCGCCAUUCUGCUAAAAUGCGUCCAAAGAUGAGCCAGAUUGUAAGAGCACUGGAAGGUGACUCAUCUCUUGAGGACUUGACUGAGGGCGUGAAGCCUGGGCAAAGCAUGCAGUUUACUUCUAGUUCAGAGCAUGAAUCAGGCUCCUACGCCUCUAAGAUGAGGCGUUUCAGAAAGGCUGUAUUUAACAGCAAUGAUUUGAGCCAAGAGUACAGUGGACAGACUAGUGACUAUGGCCGCAAUCCCUCAUCAUCAAGUAGUUCUGAAGAGAUAUCCGCACAGACUAGACUAGAGAAGUGA